AUGUCUCCACAAUUAUCAUCAACUACAAUUGAAACAAUAAAGUCAUCAUCAGAGUUAUAUAACAAUGUCAAGUUCAACAAAUUAAUAGUAUUCAGUAACAACAACUCAAACAAUUGUUUGUCAGCUUCUUCCUCAUCCUCAUCCUCAUCAUUCGAAUCAUCGCAACCCUCAUCAUCUAGAGAAGAUUUUCAAUUAAUUGGUUCAUUAAAUUUAUCCACAUGUCAACCACUUUCUGAAGAAUUCUGUUCAAAUAUACAAACCGAACUUAAAAAUUCUUUACUAAAAGAAACGACUGAAGAAGAAUUGAAAAUGCAAAAAGAAAAAAUCAGUAACAAGGUUGUAUAUUUUCACGAUAAUGAAGACCACAAAAUGAUUGGCCAUUUCAUUAAUAAAUUCAUUAUAGUUUACAUAGAUGUGUUGUAA